CUGAAGUUUCCAGAAUGCCCGAGAAUGUUCCGUGGGUCGCACGCCACAGAUUCGUUUCACGCCGAUCUCGGGAUUCCGUGACGAUUCCGAGAGCGAAUUAGGCGAAACAGUAUUAUUAAUCGAGAUUGCUGACUUUGACAGCGGAUUUCGCCGUCGUUCCACGAUAGGUCGUUUCACGAGGUGUCGUCUCGAGACAUAAACGGAACGUUUUUACGAGUGAACCGUCGUCGAAACGCGGCCCGACGUCAAACUCAGAACGCUCACCUAACCGCAAUUCGUAGCACGACUCGCUACACCUGGCUGAACCUGAACGUUAUUAUAUCUCUGAUUAUUAGCUGGAAGUAUGGCAAAAUGGGGCGAGGGCGAUCCACGCUGGAUUGUGGAAGAGAGACCCGACGCUACUAAUGUUAACAAUUGGCAUUGGACGGAGAAAAAUGCUUGUGCAUGGUCGCAAGAAAAGUUGAAAGAAUUAUUUGUAAAUUUGAAAAUUGAGGGAGAUGGAGUGGUAUGUAAAGUAACAGAAAUGGAAAAAUGUGAGGGGGAAGCGGUAGCAAAUAAUAGAAAAGGGAAACUUAUUUUCUUUUAUGAAUGGAAUAUUGUUUUGAAAUGGGUGUCGGAUGAGAAGUCCAAUAAAAACAUCGAGGGUAAAAUUAAUAUUCCUAAUCUUUCUGAAGAAAAUGAUAUUAAUGAAGUAGAUAUUGAAAUUACAUUAAAAGAUAGUACUGAUGAAGGGGAAAAAGUAAAACAAUUCUUACAUACUAAGGGUAAAGAUGCAAUAAGAGAAAAGUUAAAAAAAUAUGUAUCUUGCUUAAAAGAAGAAUUUACGAAAGGAAUGAUACUUCCCAAGAAAGAUAAUGUAAAAGAAAAUAUUUCGAACAUAACAUCCGGUUUUAAUGUUAAGAUGCAAAUGAAUGCUGCAGUAACACCUACGAACAAUAAUAAAACGGCAGGUAAAAUCUCAACCACUACGAUUAAACAAAGUGUGAAGUUUCAAUGUAGAGCGGAAGAGUUUUAUAACGUUCUCUGUUCUAUUGAGAUGGUACAAGCUUUCACGAAAAAUCCAGUAAAACUAGAAGCAAAGAAAAAUGGUCAAUUCGAGCUUUUUGGUGGCAAUAUUCACGGAGAGUUCGUAGAAAUUACGCCAACGAAAAUUAUUCAAAAGUGGCGUUGUAAUCAAUGGCCGUCCGGACAUUUUAGUGAUGUAACGAUCGAUAUUUGUGAAAAGAACGAUCAUACUGAAGUUAAUUUAACGCAGAUUGGUGUCCCAGUGAGUGAAGAGGUCUCUACGAAAGAGAAUUGGGAUAGGUAUUAUUGGGAUGCCAUAAAACGAACCUUCGGUUUCGGAUGUUUCAUGUGAUCUAAAUUCACUCUAAUGGAUAUUUAUUUAUUGCUAAGUAGAACAAUCGUGAAGAUUACGCAUAUGCGCACACAGUCGCGCGAGCGCUUGACUUCUGCAGGAGCAUAGACGAAAUCUACGGCGCGGUGAGAAGGAAGCGUAUACAACAGAAUGAUUCUGUUCUCUCUCUUCGUAUAUUUGGUACCGCCUUGUGUAAGACUUCAAAUUAAUAUCGCUGCGGACACACUGUGUGUCGCGCAACAUUGCAAGUGACUUGUAUGUCUCUAUCUAUUAGAUGUGUCUGUCUAAUAAAUCAUGAGAUAAAAAGUGAUGAUUUGUAAUCUGUUUUUUCCGUAUGAGAAUGACCGAUGUAUAUGUAUUAGGUUUGUGUACAAUGCGAUUUUAGAUAAGUCACAUAAAUAAAUAUUAUCUUGUAGUCAAUUCAAUUGUUAAUUCCAUACGAGAUUCCUUAUACAAAUGUUUCUUGAUAAGAAAAGAAUUACGCAGUCAGUCUUCUCAUAAAAAAAAACAGACAUUCUUUCACACAGUAAUAACAUAAUCAUUCAUCAUCGGUUCAAUAUUUUGAAUUAUUAAAGAUUUUAACAAACA